AUGCUGAAGAACUUCAAACUCUCAAAAAGAGAUAGUAAUGGAUCUAAGGGCAGAAUUACAUCAGCAGAUAUUUCCACACCCUCUCAUGAUAAUGGAGGUGUUAUAAAACACAUUAAAACGGUACCUGUUAGGUACCUUUCUUCAUCCUCUUCCACUCCAGUGAAAAACCAGCGGGACUCUUCGCCAAAGAACAGGCAUAAUUCUAAAGAUCUCACUUCUCCAGAGAAAGUCAUAAAAGCCAAAUAUACUUAUCAGGCACAAACUUCAAAGGAGCUAUCUUUCAUGGAAGGUGAAUUCUUUUACGUAUCUGGAGAUGAGAAGGAUUGGUAUAAGGCUUCGAAUCCUUCUACUGGAAAGCAAGGUGUUGUGCCUAAAACAUAUUUUGAAGUGUUUGAUAGAACUAAGCCUUCAUCAGUAAAUGGAACGAAUAGUUCGAGCCGGAAAGUUACAAAUGAUUCAUUGAACAUGGGUUCUUUAUACGCCAUUGUUUUAUAUGACUUCAAAGCAGAAAAGGCGGAUGAACUGACCACUUAUGUAGGAGAGAAUUUGUUUAUUUGCGCACACCAUAACUGCGAAUGGUUCAUUGCUAAACCGAUUGGCAGACUUGGUGGUCCAGGUCUUGUACCCGUUGGGUUCGUUAGCAUCAUUGAUAUUGCUACAGGGUAUGCAACGGGUAAUGAUGUAAUAGAAGAUAUUAAAUCCGUCAAUUUGCCUACUGUCCAGGAAUGGAAAAGCAAUAUUGCAAGGUACAAAGCUAGUAAUAUCAGCCUUGGUUCCGUGGAACAACAGCAGCAGCAAUCUUUCACAAAAUCUCUUAAUAAAAGCGCAAAGCUGAUCGAAGGUGAACUGUUAGUGAAAGCAUCGGUCGAGUCAUUUGGGCUAGAAGACGAAAAGUACUGGUUUUUAGUUUACUGUGAAUUAUCUAAUGGUAAAGCGAGGCAACUAAAAAGAUACUAUCAAGAUUUCUACGAUCUCCAAGUUCAACUGUUAGAUGCGUUCCCAGCAGAGGCCGGUAAAUUAAGAGACGCAGAUGGUCAAUGGUCCAAACGUAUAAUGCCCUAUAUUCCUGGGCCUGUCCCGUAUGUUACGAAUAGUAUAACAAAGAAAAGAAAGGAGGAUUUAAAUAUCUACGUUGCAGACCUAGUAAAUCUUCCCGAUUAUAUAUCUCGCUCAGAGAUGGUUCAUUCCUUAUUCGCUGUGUUGGAUAACGGUUUUGACAGAGAAUUUGAAGGUGACGAAAAUCAAAAUAAUAUCAAAACGCUCCAAGAAAAUGAUACGGCAACGUUUGCAACAGCAUCUCAGAAUUCUAUUUUAGCUUCGGCUAACCAGGAUAACACUUUAACUGGCGAAGAUUUGAAUUUAAAUAAUAAACUCUCGGACUUAUCUUUAUCUGGCUCCAAGCAGCCAUCAGCACAUUCGACUUCUGGCGUGAAAACUACUAAAGUAAAAUUUUAUUACAAAGAUGAUAUUUUUGCGCUGAUGCUGAAGAGUGACACAACCUUUAAAGAACUUCGUAGUAAAAUCGCACCCCGAAUUGACACAGCUAACUUUAAAUUAAAAAUCAAAUUAUCAGAUGGUAGCGGGGAGGAGAUUAAAACUGACUCACAAGUCAAUAACAUCAUACAGUCCAAGUUAAAAAUUUCUGUACAUGAUAUUCCAAUUGGCGGAUCCAAAUAG